ACGUGCAGCGGGACCUGAAUCCAGUCGAAAAAAUAUGAACACGCGUUGGCAGCGCAGACCUGGGGACGAAACUUGACAUCUCGAACUCCAUCGUUCUUUUCUUUAAAAAACUUGAUACCAAACAUGCAAGCACCCGUCCUUGUUAUGAACACCAACAUGGAACGAGAGCAGGGUCGUAAGGCUCAGCUCUCCAACAUUACUGCAGCAAAGACUGUUGCUGAUGUUAUCCGCACAUCGCUCGGUCCACGGUCCAUGCUCAAGAUGUUGCUCGAUCCUAUGGGUGGUAUUCUUUUGACGAACGAUGGUAAUUCCAUUCUUCGUGAGAUCGAAGUAGAUCACCCUGCUGCCAAAAGUAUGAUUGAACUUUCCCGGACACAAGAUGAGGAAGUUGGUGAUGGCACUACGAGUGUUAUUAUCCUUGCUGGUGAAGUUCUUGCACAGGCAUUGCCUCACAUUCAAAACAACAUUCAUCCUAUCAUUAUCAUCAGCGCAUUUAAGAAGGCUCUCGAAGACGCAUUGCAAAUUGUCGAGGAAAUCUCUACACCUGUCGAUGUCAACAACACCGAAGAAAUGUUGAAGCUCAUCAAAUCAUCAAUUGGUACAAAGUUCGUCAGCACGUGGAGUGAAUUGAUGUGCAAGCUUGCAUUAGACUCUGUCCGAACUGUUGCUAAGGAAGGUGAAAAUGGCCGUCGUGAAGUUGAUAUCAAGCGAUAUGCCCGUGUCGAAAAGAUUCCCGGUGGUGAAAUUGAAGAAUCCCGAGUGUUGGAUGGCGUUAUUCUCAACAAGGACGUCACUCAUCCCAAGAUGCGUCGACGCAUCGAAAACCCACGUAUCAUCUUGCUCGAUUGCCCUCUUGAGUACAAGAAGGGUGAAUCUCAAACCAACAUUGAAAUUUCCAAGGAAGCCGACUGGAACAGAAUAUUGCAGAUCGAAGAAGAGCAAAUCAAGACCAUGUGCGACAAGAUCAUUGAGCUCAAGCCUGAUAUGGUGCUCACUGAGAAGGGUGUUUCAGACUUGGCCCAGCACUACUUUGUCAAAGCAAACAUCACUGCCAUCCGUCGUGUGCGCAAGACUGACAACAACCGUAUUGCACGUGCUGUCGGUGCUACUAUUGUCAAUCGCGUCGAUGAUCUUCGGGAGUCGGAUGUGGGCACCAAGUGCGGUCUCUUUAACAUUGAAAAGAUCGGUGACGAAUACUUUACUUUCUUGACCAAGUGCGAGGAUCCCAAGGCCUGCUCUAUCAUUUUGCGCGGUCCUAGCAAGGAUAUCAUUGCCGAAGUUGAGCGUAAUUUGCAGGAUGCCAUGUGCGUUGCUCGCAACGUCUUCUUCAAUGCCAAGUUAGCUCCUGGUGGUGGUGCUACUGAGAUGGCAGUAUCCGUCAAGUUGGAAGAAAAAGCCAAGUUGUUGGAAGGUGUUGAACAGUGGCCUUACCGCUCUGUGGCAGAGGCCAUGGAGGUUAUUCCCCGGACGCUUGUCCAAAACUGUGGUGGCAAUGCUAUUAAGAUCUUGACACAGCUACGCGCCAAGCAUGCAAAUGGCGAGCACACCUUCGGUAUCGAUGGUGAAUCUGGCAAGGUCGUUGACAUGAAUGACUACGGUAUUUGGGAACCUAGUGCAGUCAAGGUCCAAACCAUCAAGACCGCCAUCGAGUCUGCAUGCCUGUUACUGCGUGUCGACGAUAUCGUAUCCGGUCUCUCGAAGAACAAGGGUCAGCAAGGUGGAAUGAGUGCCGAGCAGGCUCAGGAAAUGGCUGAGAUGCAACAAUAAGUUAGCAGUAGGGUUGUGUAAAAAAGUAGUAUUAGAUGCAUUAACAAAAAAAAAGUUGGAAUUUAUGAACUUAAAAAAAAGAACAACGCAACGAAUUUCUGCAUUUUACUUUAAAAGUUCAGCCCUGCUCAUCCAUCUUGCAGCUGCGUGG